CAUAUGCAGACUGGGAUAGACUGGCUAGAUCUGAUCUCGAUACAGUAGUGCAGCCUCGUGCUACAGUGUAGCAUCUUGUCACCAUGGAGACACCCCGACUCAAAUGACUAGGGAACUUGACUGUGGAUUUUAGCUAGCAGACUUUGGCAUUUGCCAGUUAGCUAGCAAACAUUGAAACUCACGGAUGAAGAAUUAUUUCGAGAAUUUGCUCUGUUUUGGAACACUCCUGUGGCCAGCGUGCCGACAAUCUUAGAUUGUAAAGCCAACACUGGACUGAUAGCAAGACACAUGCAUGCCGAGGUUAAAUAAAAUGACGUUAGCCAGCUAACGUUACUGUAGCCAGCUAUUGGAAGUGGUCACAUGCCAGUCCAGAAUGUUAUCUAGCUAGCUAACAUUAGUGGUUAACAAAGGAAAGAAGAUAUCCUACCUGAAAGAUGUUUAAGAACGAAUAUCAGGGUGGAGCUGCUGUAGAGAUCUUCAGUGCACAAGGGAAAGAUCCUGUUGCAAAAUGGAAACUUUGUGGCGGAAAAUCAGCUAUAAAUAAAGAGUUUGACAAAGAGGUCAAGAGCUUUGUGUACAGUCUGGAGGGGAGCAGCCAAGCUAUUAAAAUGCAGAUGCCAAAGGAUGGAAAAAUGUCUCUUGGACUGGUACAGAGAUUCUUGGUCCUCCAGGUGAAUGUUUCCCAAUGUAAAGACUUCUCUACAGAGCUUGUGAUAACUGAUUUAGGUCAUCUGAAAAGGAGGCUGUACCUAUCCACGGUUCAUAAAGAGUUCUCUGCUACACCCUUGCAUGCAAGGAUACCUUUCGGUCUGAAACGCAACGUUUGGUGCAACAUGUGCAUCGACCUUGUGUCAUUCACCAGUGAGCUGUUUAAAGGUGCAGGGUUCUUAUCCCUGGAUGGAAUCACUGUCUCUGCCAGCUGUAAGUUACGGAGAAUCUUCACCAUGAAGACUGAGCCUGCAGGGGCUUCUGAUGGAGACCUAUAUAUUGGUGUAAAUGGUCCCAUGGGCUCGAUCCCUCGGAGCUGCCAGUUUCCCCCUGACGUCCACCAGGUGAUCCAGGUAAAGAACAUGGAGAGGCUGAGACUGGCAGACGUGAAGACUUGCCCUCACAACUCUGAGUCUGAUCAGUCAGGCAGUGGCAGGGUAGCCAGUGCUGCUCGAGCCCCCAAGAACCAGCUGGACGCCUCCCACAUCGCAUUUGGGUCGAGGGUUUUAGGACCCCCUCCACUGACCGGAAGGAAGAAUAGUGGACUCUCAGAGGGACAGGGACAGGACGGGAGGACACAGGACGGGAGGACACACCGGAUCAUGAAUAUGGGGUCUGUAUCUGGUGCAAGAACAAAUAGAACAGCUGCUUCAGAGAGACAUCAGGAUCAUGGAGACUGGAGCGAGAAACAACCUGGUCCCAGUAGCCAGAAGAAUGACUCCGUUUAUGAGCUGGCAGGGAAGCCAGGGAGCCUGCAGCCGCGACCACCUAAAGACAGAGCGUCAUCAGACAAGGCGGGGUCCAGGAAGCUACGGGUACACAGUGCAGGGAAGGAGAAAUUGGCGCCUGGCUCAGACAAGUUGUUGUCUCCCAGACCUGUUGACGAGGACAGAACCUGUUUGGAGCCCUCCAAAUCUUCUCCAGAGCUUCUGUCUGGCCAGUCGACCCCUGUCCCUGACCUCCCCCCAUCACCAUUACCCCUGCAGGACUCGGACAGUGAUGACAGUGAAGGGGAGAGUGAUGUGGAUGAAGUCUCUGAGCCUCAGUUCUCAGUGGAAAACGUGUUCACCUUCUCUUCUUGGCCCCACUCAGCCAAGCGAGGACAGGGACAAGGAUAUGGAGACCAGGGACAGGGCCAGGGACAUGGAGAGACCUGCUGGACUGAGGAGGCAGCUCAGGCCACUGACACCUACGGCCAGCAGGACACGGGAGGGCACAGGGGGGCCAGGCCAGACGACGACUUCCUCGCCAGCGAGAGUGAGGAGGAAGAGACCUCCUCCAGGUUCCUCUAUCAGAGGUCCAGUGUCCCCCCCAGCCCGGGUACUCCUGGUGUUCCCUCCAGCUCCACCCCUGGUAUCCCCGGAUCAUCAGGCCUAGAUGAGGACACUCUGCCCAGAGCACGGCCUGGGUCCAGUGGUGCAGACCGAACAUUUACCAUAGAGCGAACCCUAACCCACACAGACCCUGCAGGGUGUAAAACCAGGCUGGCUCCCCACACUGACUCCCAAGCAUACAGGAGAACAUUAGAGGUGCCUGGGAUGGUCCCAACCCGCUGCCGGUCACCCUGUCAGGGUACCAGGCAGGGGCAGAGACACAGCAGUCUGGGCCAGUCUGGACCUGAGGGAAGAAAAGGGGGAGCGAGCCAGACUCAGGACAGGAGCAGCAGCAGGACAUCACUGAGCAGGAGAUCUCUGCGAGAGAUCAUCCCCCGAGGAGACGCCACAUUAGACAAGGUGGGAGAGGAGAGGGCGGAGAGAAGACAUGAGCCUGUUGGGUCCAGUAGCUGUGAUUUGCGUCUGUUGGACAGCCUGCGUAUGCAGGAGGAGGAGGAGCUACAUAUGCUGGCCAGUCUACAGCGGGAGCAGGAGGAAGAAGAGGAGAGGGGAGGAGCAACAGGUCUCAGUGCCUCUCAGAUCCACCAAUGUAACGUCAGCAUCAGCACCAGCAGUGAUGAGCCAUCCACCUGGACACACAUACCUAUGCCGGCCAAACAGGGCCAUCACUACCAGAAGGAAAUGAACCCACUCUUACACUCCAAUCCAAGGGAAUGGAUGGAUGUCCUCAGCCCUCCCAUUAUUCCUCCUAGCCAGAAAAAGGAGAAGGGGUCAGAGGGCACAAGGGACCAUCGGAGUGGACCCCCGACCAGAGGGGCUGAUGGAUCAGUGAAUGGAGGAAAUGAGGACGAGGAGGAGUACCUGAAUCUGCUCUAUGAUCCCUCUCUUAACUGCUACUUUGAUCCCCAGUCUGGGAAAUACUAUGAGCUGGUUUAAUUCAUCAAGCUUUUUGAUGAGCAAAAUGCAGGAAAAGAACAGAACAGGCAUGUUCACUGCUGGAAAAAUAUAUAUUUGUUUUGUUUUACUUAAUUACGCUUUUCUGAACUAUUAACGAGCCUUAGAAAAUAUUUAUACCAUUCUGUUAUCCUCGGUUGUAUUUAAUAUGGAAUGGUGAGGAUGCUCUUGUAAUUAAUUGUUCAUACAGUGACUUUUUUAAGUGUUCUGUACUGUAUAGUGUGUAUGCAGUAGUGUGUGUGUCAUGUGUGUCCUCUACACAUCUUUGUGAUUAAACGUGUUUGUG